GCACCCUCAGCUUUAGUACAGGGGUUUACGAUCGGCCCCGAAAGCAUCAGGUCACUAUGGUAACGGGACGCUGAGACCUCUGAGGGUAGAUUCGUCGUUAGCCAAAACAAAGUAGAGCUACCUAGCUUAUUAAAUAAUCAAAGCAGGCUUGAACGGGCAAAAGCAUGAUGGAGAAACUUGAAAACGUCGAGAGCUUUUUGAAGAAAGUUGACAAGAUAAGUGAGCUAGUGAAGGAUCUGAACUCUUCUCAUGUCGAAGUACAGCAAAAAGCAAUGGAGGAAGCGGAUUGCUACAUUGCUGCCUUGGAUGAACCCUGCAGGACAAAAGUCAACAAGACUACAAUCAACACAAAUCCACCACUCCAGCCUUCCUUUAGUUCACACAAUGAAAGUCCAGAGACUUUCAUGAAGAUUAUGGAGAGAGAUGCAGAAGACAGGAGAAUAAAGCGUAUUGCUAAAGAAAAAAAGGCAACAGCAUUCAAAGACAAGGGAAAUGAAGCUUAUGCUCAAGAAGACUAUGAAACUGCAGUGAGGUAUUACAGUGAUGGCUUGGCUGAACUACGGGACAUGCAGCCACUGUACACCAACCGAGCACAAGCCUACAUCAAGCUGGGAAGGUACAGCGAGGCCAUCAGUGAUUGUGAAUGGGCCCUGAAGUGUAAUGAGAGGUGCACAAAGGCUUAUGUUCACAUGGGAAAAGCAUAUCUGGAACUGAAGAAAUAUAAUGAGUCCAGAGACUGCUUUGAAAAGAUACUGGAGAUUGAACCUGCGAGGGUGAAAAUGGUAAAAGAAUACCUGACCCGGGUAGAUUUGGAAGAGGAGAGAGAGCAUCAGGAAAGGAAUGCGAGGAAAGAGUUUGACAAUGGAGAGGGGAAGGCUACAGCAGUGCCCCGGCUGCUAGAGAAGCUGUCAAGGCCUGGCCAGAUGCCCCUCUUCUACUGUGGAGGAUUGGAGAUUCUCUUACAAGCAGUUACUGACUGUACAGGCCAAACCCUUUUCAGACUCAACAAUGGCUUUACUAUCAUCAGCAGCAAUGACACGGUGAGGAGUUGCCUAUUGCAGAAAACAAAGGAUCCUGACAGCCAGGAGUUAUGUGUGGCUAUUCUGAAAUUAUGGACGGUUAUUUGUUGUGGAAAUGAUGAAAACCAGAAGAUGUUGAUGACAUGCCCAAUCACCAGGCAGGCCGUUGUUCAUAUGGUAACAUCAGAACAUGCUGCAGUGCAGAAAGAAUGCCUGGCAUUACUAUGUUUGUACUCACAGAUGCCACAUGGCAGACGUUUGGCCAUUGACAGCCUGGAUGUGCACAUGUUAGUGAAGAACCUCAUGACGUGCAUCUCAAAGACAGCGCAGCAGCAGGAGAACACAGCAGUCAACAUUCUGGAGAACUUUGCAGCAGAAAACAAAUUCUGCUUUCAGUUAAGGAAUGUGUUAACAGACGCUGUCAUUGUGCCAUUUACAACAAUACUGAGCAAUAUCAGCAAGUCCAAUCAUCAUGUCCUUCCAUCACUGAUAUCGGCCAUUGGCUGUCUGGUUCAAGAUGAUGUCAUCCGUCACAAAUUAGCUCAUGAUCCAGGAUGUUGGAGAGCCUUUCUGGUUGCCAUUAAGCAGUGCAGUGAAUACGGAUACAAAGAGACCCUUUACCCCAUGCUUGGGCUGAUCAUCAACCUUUCAACUAUCACAUCUCCAGUCAUCCAGGAGCAUGCUGUUUCACUCUGUGGCUGCUGUCUGGGCCUGCUGAGGGAUAGUGACGGAGGAGUCAUAAACAGAGCCACAGGUGUGUUGAGCACUGUCCUCCCUCAGUCGCCCGAGGCUGUUCAGCAUGUUACUCAGGGGGCUGUGGUUCAGACCAUGUGCCGUUUGCUGAAGGGAACUGGGCAGAUUGCCACUAAGUAUGCUGUUAAGACUCUGACAGUGUGCACUGCUGCCAGUCACUUGGCACGGGAGGAGCUGGUGAAGUGUGAUAAAAAAUUGUCUAUUCUACGUCAUUUGCUGGGUUCCAGCUGUGAUGAGAUGGUGUCAGGCAAUGCAGCCCUUUGCUUGGCCCACUGCCUUGAGUUGGAGGGAACUGCCAGCAACCUGCUGGGGACUGAUAUUGUGCUACUGCUGUUGCGCCACGCUGCAGGGGAUUCAAAGAAGACAGCUGUGCAGCAAAAUGCAGCAAUUGCUUUGGGGAGGCUGUGUCGAUCUGAGCCCAGACAUAUGAACAAACUUCGAGAACUACACGGCCUUGAGAUCCUGCACUCCUGUAUGAAGCUCAUCACAUGAACUUGUGAUGAUAUUUUUUAGUGGUGUCAUGGUUAUCAUCAGUCUUAUUCUCUUCUAUAUUCUCUUUUUGGUUUAGACACCUACUCACCUAUUGAGGAAAACAUUCACUAGAAAAACAUCAUCAUUCCUUGUCAUCAUAUACUUUAUUUUUACUCUAUCAUUAAUUUCAUUAUCAUUUGAUUUCUAGCUUAAAAAAAUCUUUUCUUCCUAAGCCUUCCUCAAGAAUAAUUAAAUGUUUAUUUAAUUUGAAUAUGAUUCUGCUUCCAGUUGCUUAAUCUACAUAAACAAGGUCAUAAACAUUAGCAAUGUUCUUGACUGCCCUUGUUUUUCAUGCCCAUGUAAAUUUAUAUGGUUAAUUACCAUGAAUACACUCAGAUGGAGGUAGGUGGAAGUGCAGUCAAGUUUUGCCAUCUUAAUGUGUCUGUUCUUUAUUAAAAUAUUACUAAUGUGUCAUGAA